AUGCCCGGCCGCAAGGCCAACAGCAGUACCGUGAUUUGCGAUAGCAGUGCCGACAUCGCCGAGAUGGCCGCCAUCUCCCCAAGCCACGCUGCAGCUAGGGCAUUCAGUAGUAAUGCAUGGCUGGGAAUGUCUGAAACUCACAUGGGAGUGUCAAGUGUCGUGAAAACUGCCUUGCUUUCUGGGUUGAUCGGCUGGGGUCGGGCGAGGAGAAUGCUAUUGCUUGGUGAGACGAUAGGUGCGAGGGAGGCGCUGGAAUGGGGAUUGUUAGAGAAGGUGGUAGAGCGGGAAGAGCUGGACGAUGCAGUGGCGGGGUGA